CACACACACACACCUCCUCCAAAAUACCCUUACAGUUCUCAUCUUUCUCAUACUUUCCAUCUAUAACCUUCUCUUUGUCAAGGAAGAUGGUUCCGGAGACCAGAACUAUGGCCAUGUGGCUUCUGAGAGGCAGGAACGAGGAAGCAUGUGUGUUGUUCAAUGAUGUGGCUGUGGACUUUACCCAGGAGGAGUGGAGGCUAUUGAGCCCGGCUCAGAGAACCCUGUACAGAGAUGUGAUGCUGGAAAACUAUAGGAACCUGGUCUCCAUGGGGAUUUCAUUUUCCAAACCCACACUUGUCAUUCUACUGGAACAGGGAGAAGAACCCUGGAAAGUGGGGAGGAAAUGCACGCCCAGUCACUGUUCAGCAGACUCAAGUCCAGACAUCCGAUCCUAUUCCUUCUCCAGUCAGACUUUCGAUAGUCAACACGUAUGCCAAUACGUGCUUUGUGAUCGUCACCUUCAAAUCCGCACAGGCAUGGUGGCAGGACCUCGCCAAAGAGCAGAUGCCUGCUCCAUGCACCUGACGCAGCAGCAACAAAGACUUCCUGAUAAAAACAUCUGGAUGAACAAGAUGGAAGGUCAAGCAAGAGAAAGUGACUCCAGAUUUAUGCUUGGGGAUUCAUCGGACAGGGUGACUUCAAAGGCCAUCUCUAGUCCCUCCAAAAGACAGCUAAUAAGCCCUAAGGAAGGCAGCACGAUGAUCGACAUAAAGCCGAGUCCAGCAAAGAAGGGAAACUCGGUGGAGACAGACAAUGGAUUUAAGUGGGUCAAAGUCUCAGGAUUUAAAGCAAUCAGUUGUCAAAAUCAGGGGAUAGACAUUAAUCCGAAAUCAAGACUCUUCGCACUUCAGAAGACCCCCUCAGGGGAAAAGCCCUAUACUUGCAAUGAGUGCGGCCGGGGCUGUCGUUACAAAUCAGCUCUCAUCACACAUCAGAGGUCGCAUACCGGGGAGAAACCUUAUCUGUGCAUGGAGUGUGGGCAAGCUUUCAGCCAGAAGUCUAAUCUAGUCACACAUAAGCUGGCCAACUCUGGGGAGAAGCCCUUUGCCUGUGGGGAGUGUGGGAGAAGCUUUAGUCAGAAGUCAACCCUCAUCAGGCACCUCAGGAUACAUUCAGGGGAGAAGCCCUUUGCGUGCAGCACCUGUGGGCGAAGCUUUAGGGAUAAGUCUAACCUUAUCACACACCAGAGAACCCAUUCAUGGGACAAGCCAUAGGUAUGCAGGGACUGUGGAAGACUCUUUAGGGAUAAAUCAACUCUCAGCAAACACCAGAGGAUUCAUUCUGGGGAGAAUCCUCAUUUGUGCAGUGAGUGUGGCCGGAGCUUUGGCCAGAAAGCUCACCUCUUUAAGCACAAGAGGACGCACUCAGGAGAGAAGCCUUUUGUGUGUCCAGCAUGUGGGAGAAGCUUUAGUGAUAAGUCAAACCUUAUCACCCACCACAGGACGCACUCAGGGGAAACCCCCUACACGUGUACAGAGUGUGGACCUGGGUUUAAUGUGAAGUCAGCUCUCAUUACGCACCGGAGGACACACUCGGGAGAGAAGCCUUAUGUGUGCAGAGAAUGUGAGCGAGGCUUUAGACAUAAGUCAACUCUCACGGCACACCAGAGGACCCACUCAGGGGAGAAGCCUUUUGUAUGCAGAGAAUGUGGGCGAGCCUUUCAACAGAAGUCCCACCUCAUCAGUCAUCAGAGGACACACUCUGGGGAGAAGGCUUUUGUUUGUCUCAAAUGUGGGCACGGCUUUAGCCAGAAAGCAAAUUUGGUCAGGCACAAGCUGGCUCACUCCAGGGAGAAGCCCUUUAAGUGCGGUGAGUGUGCGCGAGGUUUUAGCAAGUCAGCCCUCCUACGACAUCAGAGAACACAUUCAGGGGAGAAGCCUUAUGUGUGCCAGGAAUGUCAACAGGCUUUUAGUGAUAAGGCGACCCUCGUCACACAUCAGAGAAUGCACUCUGGGGACAAGCCUUAUGUUGGCAACAAAUGUGGGGAAGGCUUUAGGCUAAAGGCACACCUUAAUUUACACAAGAGGGUACAUCUGUUGUAAAAAUAAAAUUAUGUGCAGGGGAUGUAGGCAAGGCUUAAGCAAUAGGUCACAUCAAGUAUCAAAGACAACUUUUGGAGGAAUCCCAUGUGCACAUGGACUGAUCUAGAUUUGUCGACUAUCACCAAACAUCAGAGCGCAGAAGAAGGUCUAUAUCUCUAAAGCCAGGGCUCUCACUAGAGAUCAGUUUGUGUCCUCCUCACCCCCACAGACACUUUGCAAGGUCUGGAGAUAGUUGUGGUUGUCACCCCAGGAGGCUGCAUCUAGUGGGCAAGACCCUGGAUGCUGGCAAAAACAUGACAAUGCACAAACGGUUUCCAAAUGCAAAGAAGUGUCCAGCCUUAGAAGAUGAAUCAGAAUGGUUGACUUUUUGGUUUCUAAGACGUGGAUCCUCUGUGGGCAACACUGGCUUCAGAACUCCAACUCCAUACGCUUGUAAAGCUUUUCAUCUUAGAUCAGAGAAUCUCAGAGGUCUCUACUCAGCCUGCCUCCCACUCUCUUCCUUCACACGCAGGCAUGCUUGCUUCUGGCACCUUUUGCAUUUUCUCUAAAAACAAGUUUUCUCAAUAAAUCUCUUGCAUAUCUAA